CUGCUGAAGAUGAAGGUGUUGGUGCUGCUCCUCCUCCUCUCCUCUGUCCUCUGUGUCUCUGCUGACGUUCAGCACGAGAGCAACGCCAUCACUGGCUGUUCAGAUACUGAUGGAGAGGACGUGGUGAUACUGGAUGAUGAGGCGGUGUGGUACGCAGACUUCAACAAACAGACAGGAGUCGAUGCUCUGCCUCCCUUUGCAGAUCCAAUAAGCUCUCCAGGUCAGUAUGAACAAGCUGUGGCUAAUCAACAGAUCUGCAAACAAAACCUGAAGGUGAUUCGUAAGGCUAUGAAGGACUUCCCCAGAGAACUCGAUCCUCCUUCCAGCCUGAUCAUCUACACCGAACUAAACGAGGAGCUCGGAGUCAAGAACACUCUGAUCUGCUAUGUGACCGGUUUCUAUCCCGCUCCCGUCAACGUCUCCUGGACCAAGAACACAGAGAAAGUGACCGAAGGAACCAGCAUCAGUGUUGCCUUCCCCAACAAAGACGGUUCCUUCAGACAGACGUCCAAACUGGACUUCGUCCCACAGCUGGGAGACAUUUACAGCUGUACAGUGGAACAUGUGGCCCUGACCCAACCAAUGACCAAAUUCUAUGCUGUGGAGAACCCUGAGCCCGCUAUUGGACCUGCGAUGUUUUGUGGAGCUGGUAUGACUGUCGGUGUCCUCGGUGUGGCAGCAGGAACCUACUUGCUCAUCAGAGGAAACAAGUGAUGCUGAUUGGCUGGAGCUGAUUUUUUAAUAAAAAUUGUUUGUUUGAUUACACAGAACCUGAAGGUCUACCUCUGGUGCAGACAGACUACACCCUCUGAUAAACUGCUGUUCUUUAUUGAAUGCAUGGGUAUUUUUAUGUUACAUAUCAAACAUCUGGAAGACCUUUCCAUUAAAAACAGGCCGCAGGUCAGAAUGAUGUCACACCUUUCUGAGAUUUUGAUUACAGAAAACAGCUUUGACACUCUGAAGGCUUUUUGUGUUAUUAAAGAUUAAAUCUGUGCAGUCAGCAACUUUGAGUUUGACUUGAUGUUUUUUCUUCACAUAUUUGACUACGUGUGUGCAGU